AUGCCAUUUCCAGCCUUUGGAAAUUCAGAAGUAUCCAGAAAAGCAAUUGAGUCUACGGCGGUCGAAGCUGACGGCGAUCUGCCAACGCAACCACCCAGCCCCCAAACCGAGGAUCCUUCACUUUCUUGUGGCUCAAUCCAAGAUGACCAGGCUAUCGAACCAGAACCAACGAGACAUGUCGACUAUUUAUCGCAUGAAUGGAAAGAGGAAGACAUCUGGAAGUCAUGGAGCUACGUGAGUCACAGGCGAGCGAGCCUCGCCAAUGCAACCCGGCUAGAAAAUGCUUCUUGGAGAUCUUGGACGAAAGCCAAGAAUCGUCUCCGAACGAUUUCACCUGAGACUUUGAAUUGGCUCAAGGACUGUGAUGUGACCUGGUUAUAUGGCCCCCUCCAGACGAGCUGGAGUACCUCUCAGUCACUACACAACACUUCUCCUCCGCCGAGCCGUUUAUCUCACGCGUCGUCUUUUAUCACCAAGAAGCCUAUUUUGAAAAAGAAGUCGGCUUCAGCAGCCAUUCUGGAGCGGUCGCGGUCACAGCAUUCUUUGUUGCAGAGAGCUGGCGACAUCAUCAAGAUCCAACAAUCCAACAGUGCAAGCGGGCGGCCAAUGCUGAGACGAGGCAAUUCCGAGUUCGUCCUACCACGAUAUGACAAUACAUCUGUGGCCAACACUCCCGUCGAGCAUGAGACGCCGGCAUUUACGGACUCACAGUCGUCUUUUGCUUUCGAGGUACCUACCCCCUCAGAGUGUAAGCAUGUGCUCUUCGACGAGGAGGUAAGACAAGUACAAGCGAUUGACUCUGACGACGACGACAAGCCCGACGAGAAUGACGUGGUGUUUGAUACAGAUGAAGACGACGACUGUGGCCUGAUGAUGGCUCCCUCGCAAAGACCAGGCCGGGGCAGUGGCCGGACUACACCUCGUGGCAGUUUCAGCGGUGAAUCGAAGACCAUCGUGCCAUUGCCGUCGACUACACUGAAAUACAGAAUCGACACACCUGAACCUCCUCAGGUAGCCAGCGGAUUCUGGCAUACUGGCCGGAAGUUAUCCCCCUCCCCUUCUCAGGAGACUUUGAGACCGACGAACCCGCAUCAAAAUUUCCUGAUCGAUGACGACCCAGAGGUGGAAGAUGGUCCUUGGCAGCUUCAAUCUUCUCAGGGAGGCAAACGUUCCCCGUAUGAUGACGAGGGUGACGAAGUCGAUGACCAUCCUACGAUGAGACGAACCGAGUCGGGCAUGUUUAUGCCCUAUGAAGAUGACGACGAGGCCGCUAUGAACAACACCUUGUUUGGGCAGGCGAUGUACGCCGUCAACACAUUCCGAGAUAUCGCUCAUGUGGUGUGGAAUGUCGGCUGGAAUCGAAAAUGA